AUGUCCAAAAGUAUUGAAGAAGAUGGACAAGGGUAUGUGAACACCGCAUUUGCUCAAGAAUACCCAGAUAUGCUAGACAAUGAGCUCUAUGUUCAGUCUAGGACUUCACCAGACAAUGGAAAUAUAGCAGCGAAGGACGACAGUGCGACUGAUGAAGACAAACUGACGGUCAAAGCAGACGACAUCAGUGCUAUGUACUCGGUCGUCGACAAAAGUCGAAAACAUACGAAACUUACCGAGCACGAAAUCAGUUCUAUGUACGCGGUCGUCAAGAAGAAUACAAUGUCAGCAGACGACACCGAGAACAGACGAAGCAAUGGCAGUCUCCCAGAGAUGGACGUUUCUGAAGAUGUCUCCAGCAUGUAUACGCAGGUGAAUAAGAAGAAACGAAAAGAAAACAAAGACAUCGAGUUGGGACAGAAAGAUACAGUUGAAGGUCAUGAUGUGGAAAAUGCUAAUGCUCAGUCUGAGUGUACCAAUGUCUAUCAAAAUAUUUAAACUGCAAGACCAUUAUUUCAAUAGCUAUGUGGACAUAUAGAACAAUCUUGAAUUUAACGGACAGAAAUAUGUGUAUAGCAAAGGGUGUACCAUUGCACAUGAUAAAGGUGAAUAGGCAUCAAAGAAGUGGAAACGUUGGCCUUACAAGUCAACAAUAAGUUUGAACAAUAAAACCGUCGUCAGUAACAAUGAUUUGAACAACUGAACACAUUGUAUUAGUGAUAUAUCAUCUGUAUGUUUCAGUAAUGACCAGUAAAUGCCCGAGUCAGAGGAGUUGGUCGAGUAUUUUGUAUAUAGCAGUUUGGCAGAUCGUUACUAUGUUGUUAUAUGAGCCCCUGAG